AUGUGUCAGGUGCCCGCCGUGACGGGGCUGCCCGCGUUCGUGCCUCGCGCCGCGCUCACCGUGCCGAGGGUCUUCCUACAUCUUGCCUACUCCUACAUACCAGGGGCAGGAAUAGGCGUGUUCAGCACGCUGACGCUGCCCAGCGGCGUGCGCUUCGGGCCCUACCGCGGCCGCCGCCUCAAGAUCGCCAUCGACUCUGGGUACGAGUGGCAGCUGUACGACCGCAACAACAAGCCGAGUCACGUGGUGGACGCGAGCGACGCCAACAACUCCAACUGGAUGCGCUACGUCAACUGCGCGCGGCGCUACUCCGAGCAGAACCUCGUCGCCUUCCAGUACCAGGGCGAGCUCUACUACAGGACGGUGAAGAUCGUGCCGCGCUUCACGGAGCUGCUGGUGUUCUACGGCAGCGAGUUCGCCAACCGGCUCGGCGUCGACCUGCGCCGCUACUCCAAGCCCUGCGACUGCGAACACUGUCAACCUAAAUUUCGUGUCAAUAACGAACCAGAGAAAACAAACAAAGCAAAAUCGCCUAAAGAAAAGAAGGACGAAACAGAAAUUAAGGAUGCCGAAUCAGGACAAGCCUCAUUUAUCGCCGAAAAGACAGCUGUGGAAACAAACAAACGUAAAACAAGCAAUGAAAAGAAAGAAGAAACAGAUAUUAAACAUGUUAGUUUUGAUCAAGCUAAACUUGUCACCAAAAAGCCUGCAAAGACAAACAAACGUAAAUCGCCCAAUGAAAAGAAAAACAAAACUUUAAUAAAAAAUGGGCUCACUAAGGGUACCGAAAAGUUACAAGAACCUUCGUCUUCUCAAGCGGCAUUACUAAUGAACAUUAAUGUACAAGAGAUGCUUAUAAAACCAGCUAUUGAUAUAUCUGAUAAAAUAGUCUCGAAUGCGACGAAUGUCUACAAAUGUGACCAGUGUAACAAAAUAUUCGAUAUAAAGUCAGACUUAGAGCAACAUCUGCAGUCUCAUAUUGUAUUGAAAAUUUCUGGGAGAAAUCCUGGAUUAGAAAAGGGUGGGAGAAUUUCUUCUCUGAAGUGUAAAAAAUGCAGUUGUACAUUUGAUACUCGACUGCUUGCACUGGAGCAUGCGAAGAGUCGGCAUGGCGUGCAGUACUUCACUUGCUCUGACUGUGAGUAUGCAACUAGUGAGAAAGGAAGUUUACAAAUGCACUUGAGGGUUCAUACUGGCGAGCGGCCAUUUAAAUGUGACCAGUGUAAUGCCGCCUUUGCCCAAAGGAGCGCUUUACAAUAUCACAAGAGCAAACACACCGGCGACAGACCUUUUAAGUGUGACCAGUGUAAUGCCGCCUUUGCCCAAAGCAGCGAUUUACAAAAACACAAGAGAAUACACACUGGUGACAAACCUUUCAAGUGUGACCAGUGUAAUGCCGCCUUUGCCCGAAGCGACUGUUUAAAAACUCACAAGAGAAUACACACCGGUGACAAACCUUUCAAGUGUGACCAGUGUAAUGCCGCCUUUGCCCAAAGCAAUUCUUUACAAUAUCACAAGAGCAAACACACCGGCGACAGACCUUUUAAGUGUGACCAGUGUAAUGCCGCCUUUGCCCUAAGCAGCAGUUUACAAAGACACAAGAGAAUACACACCGGUGACAAACCUUACAAGUGUGACCAGUGUAAUGCCGCCUUUGCCCAAAGCAGCGCAUUACAAGGACACAAGAGAAUACACACCGGUGACAAACCUUACAAGUGUGACCAGUGUAAUGCCGCCUUUGCCCUAAGCAGCGAUUUACAAAGACACAAGAGAAUACACACCGGUGACAAACCUUUCGAGUGCAACAUCUGUGACUACAGGGCUACUCGGUCAAGUUAUCUAAAGGAUCAUCUAAUGGUGCGCCACUCAGGUCUAAAGCCGUUCGGCUGCGACUUGUGCAGUUACAGAGGUGCUAUUAGACAGCAUUUAAGACAACAUAUGAAAACCCACCAGAAGUCGUCUUAGGUUUCUUGUUUAUUUUUUCUAAUUUAUCGUAUUUACAUUUAAUGAAUUAACCUUUUUUUUUUAAACGGAACAUUAGCUUUUAUUUUGGAAGACUAAGCAUAGGUUUACCUGGCGUAAAGAGGUUAUAGUACUGAUGCAAGUUUCACAUUGUGAGCGGGACAGAGCUACGAACUGCAUAUCAUUGUCUCACUCGCACACCGGCGGAGCGAACAGAAACCGUAUCAAGUGGUAGCAAAUAAGUGAAAUAAGAAAUAGGCUAUUAUUACAUUUACCUUGAUGUGUUCUCUUAGUUAUUAUAUUUCAGAAGAUAUGUUUUUUCGUAUUUUGACGACCGG